AUGAACGGUUCGGCAUUGCAAACAGUUACAUCGCUGUCACUGCGACCCAUGAAGCAAUCUUCUGCAUGGACAUUUGCGCUGGCACUAGCUUUGCUCCGUUCCAAACCGGAAGGAUCUGCCAGCGCUGCUUUGGAUGAGUUUUUGACCCAAAACGAGUCAAUUCUUCUUCUGCCAACUCCUUUCGCAAAGUCCCCAAACGGUAAAGCCUCAACAGAUCAUAAUCUUACAAAGGAGUCUAAACAAUUCACUUUAAGAGGGGUUGUGUAUUCGGGGGUGACACCUGAUGACUUUGAAAUGGCCACAAAGAUAUCCUCCAUGCUCGCCAUUGCUCUCGAUGAUGCCCUUAGAGUCAUAGUGCAAACCAAAUUACGCAUUCCUAUUGAAACUAUUUCUGAGCGCAAGCUGGAAUUACUGUCGCGGCUCCCUGACGACAGUGCAUUAAUGGCCGGAGAGAUUCAACUUCGAACAUACAUAUCUGCGAUUCUCAGUGAACAAAGAACAGUUCUCAGUCUACUAGUGGAAUGCUUCAGUGCAAGAUUCGACGAAAAUGCAUCCUCUGUUGUGCAAAACAUAGGAAACACUGUAAGUACCGGAGACAACUUCGUUCUUCAUUCCAUUGAGGCACUCAAUCAAUUUCUUCAAACGGAAUCAGAAGUCAACGAAAGUCUAAUUCAAAAAAUCAUAGCUGAAGAAGGCUUGUUACGCAUGACAUGCCUUAUCAAAUUUAUUUUUGAGGUCAUUCUAGUCCUGGGCAGAUCUCUGAGUGUCGUUGUGCAAAAAUGGUUUGCAGUUAUGGAAAAGCACUCUUUCCUACAACCAAGCUAUUUUCGGGACUCAAAGCAUACUUCUUCCUUUCUUGAGUCUUUAUGCACAGUCACCUCCCUUCAAUUGUUGCAACUCAAUCACGACUUCGGCAAUCCCGACCCUGAAUUAUAUCUCGACAACCCAGAGACUUUCAAAUUUGUCAAUGGUGUUAUCCUCUCCGCAAACUGCAGUAAUUUAAUCAAGUAUGCUUGGCUCUUGAUAUGCCACAAGAAGUCUAUAGUAUUGGAAGAGUUCAAGGAAGUACUGGCACUGUUUCUCCAAAUCGUUAGCUUGAGUGAAACACACAACACAGUUAAUCAACUCAGUCGCCUUUUAAGCACAGUCCCUAUCUUUGAUGAAAUCUUGGGAAUCCACAAAGUGUUGUUUUUCGAUGAUAUUUUCUCUAUGGUAUUGUGUGACUUGCUUCUCUUAGCACUACCACUAAUAACAGUGACAGACGAAGGUGCACGCUGUAUACGAGAAGUUUUCAGUGCUGCUCCCGAGUAUUGCGUCCAAAGUUUCUUCAAAAAUGACGAAGCUGCCCGGAACAUCACUUUGUCAAGAGCAAAGUUUCCACAUUCUCUUUCUCCUUUCCUAUGUCUUGCCUCAAUCAAUGGUAGAUUUGCAUUGGAGGAACUCAGCCACAUGAAAUCUUACAUGUGUGAGUUUGAAUCCCAGGAAGCUACUCCAAAAUGCAAAAUCGACUCCGAUGAUACUGACCUCGUUGAGACAGAAGCUCCUUUCGACAUCUACCCCCCAUUUGAGGGAAAGAACAAACUUUCGCUUUACUUAGAAUCCGGAACGAAGGCAAAGGUCAUCAAUUUGAACGAAGAUUCAAAGACCAUUUUUAUGUUCGUUCAUAAUUACAAUGGGUGGGCGCUACUUGGACGUAUAUUGGAGAACAUCUCCAAGUCCUUUGAUUCCGCGAAUAGCGCAAAACUCUUGAUGUUGGCAGAUACUGCAAUCUUAAUUGAAAGAGUUUGCGAACAAGCCAGCGUUACAGAAAUCAAGUCGAUUCUCGAAUACAUGUCAGCAUAUUCUGACGAUAGUGACAUUGUUGAGAUUCUCUUCAGAUUAUUAGAGCAAUCAAUGCAUAAUCGUUGCAUUUUUCAAGCCGAAAAGCUUCUCAAUGUUGUGUCAUAUCUUAUGCCUGUCGUUUCAAAGAGAGUGUGGUCCUAUUUGUCUAGCUCUUCGCUUUUGCCAUCAAAUGGAAAAGAAGGCCUUGCCUCCAUAUUGUUUGGAUCAAUUGAAUCUAAGCAAGGUCAUUAUAAUUUGAGCAUAGCUUUGGUCAAAUUUGUGGCUCGUCUUGCUGACAAUUGUUUGUCAGACACCACCGACUAUCCAGAGUCAGCCAAAAAUGAAAUCUUGGAAGCCUUUGUGAGGCAUCUCAAUUUCAUACUUGAAAGCAUUGUGAAUUGUAAAUUUAAUGAGGGACUACAAAAGCUUGAGUUGGGACUUUUAAUUUUGAAUGUUUUCAAACAAAUCUUGGAAACUGUUUAUGGCGUUGCAGCUAGCCUACCAGCAAAUGAGAAGCCCACAAAAGUUUUUUCGGGUGCAUCUUCAAGCAUAGUGAAUGCCUUCAUUAACACAGACCUGAGGGUUUCUCGUUCUGCCGAGCUGAUAUUUCAAUUGAUUGAUUAUCUUGCAUCUUCUGAGGUGUCUUUUGAGUCACGCGACCCUACCUCUUUUAUGCUCAAUUUGUGGGUGAAUUCAGCUCUUGCCUUUUCAAAGUUGAUUAUCACUGUUCGUCAUUCUGAAAAAGAUUUGCACUCGUGCUCAUUUGAGAACCAAAUGCUUCUCAAAUUGCCAAAACUCGUAGCCAUUUAUCUGAAGAACGGUGUUCAUCGUAAGGCUAUUCUAGACUUUUUGUCCACUCUCAUGGCGUGUUCGGGUCGUGACAAAUCUCCCUCGAUGCUCUCGUUUUUGGGCCCUGAGACUGCAAACGCUCUCCUUCUUUCGUUGGCAACAGACUUGGAUAAUCCAUUCGAUGACUUUGCCGUAAAAAUAUCCAUUUACGACUUCUUGUGUUCGAUUAUGGAAGCUAACGAACAGGGUCUCUCGGUUUUGCUCAUUAGUGGACGUGACGUAUUUAACGAGUUCACAUCAAAGAAAGAGAUUUCUACGAGCCAUCAAACAACGUCAUUGCUCGACAUUCUCAAAAGAAACGUCAACGAAAUACAAACUUAUCCCGACUCUGUAUCAGUCCACCUUCUAGAUGCCAUUGCCUUGGCGUUCAAUUCUUGGACUACCGGAAGGGACAAUGAUUCGGAUGUCAAUUUUGUUUCUCAUUUGAUCAAUAUUGUGGGUGAUUUCAAAAAGCCGCAGUUAAGUGCCUCCUCAUUUGAUUUAACUGUUGCCUCAUAUAAAUGCAAGGUUGUUUCGAAAAUUGCCGAGAUCUUGUCUCUCGUUUUCUUCACUACUAAGAACGAAAAGUGUGAGAAGUCAGUGGCAAAGUUGCUCUCCUCGGACUCUUUCAUCGCUUUGCUUCCUCAAGUUUUCCGUAUAUCAGAUUAUGAUACUCAUUUGUUUCUGAGAGUGCAGUCCAGGUUUGAACGAGCAUUCCCAAAGCAUAAAUUGUCGCAAUUCGCUACUUCUAUCCAAAAGAGAAAUAGAUUCGGCCCCGAAGCCAUUUAUGACCUUGGGAUAAUGGACUGCCUCUUCAAAAACCAUUCUGAGUGGCAAGAUAUCCGCCAUGAAAUAAUGUUAUGCAGCGACAAUAUUCAGUAUUUCAACGUCCAGGUAAGUCUUGCUAAGUCUUUUGGUGCCUUAUUGACAACAUUUUGCAGAAGAGCACGUACAAGCCUCAGUUCAGCCUAUUUUGACUUAAUCCCUGUAUUAUUGAACAUAGUUGACCCAAUGGAUGUGUACAGCAAAGAUUUUAUCGCUCAGCAACGUUUUGAGAGGGUCGAGUUGGCAUUUUAUUUGGGAUACGCUGUAAGCAAUAACAAAAAUGUGGAGAAGAGUCCAAAGACAGCGAUUUCCAUUCUAGCAGCAUGCGUUGAUAUUUUGAGAGCAGAUUCUCACAUCGACAUCCCUCUUAAUAGUAGAUCUGGGGAGAUUCACAUGUCCUUACUCAGGACCUGCUAUCUUGCUCUAGCUACCUUGAAGGACUCGUCUGAUUUAGUGAGCACUAGCUUCAAUGUCGUUGGAGAGUUCUUCGAGCAUGUGGUAGCCAAGGGAACCACUGAUAUAAUCAUUGAGCUACAAAACGAUGUUUACCUUUCUCGAACGAAAAAAUGCACUUCUAAUUUCAAUGGCAAACUUGAUUACCUCAGACUUAUUUUAUCAAUCCUCAAGUUGAUCCUUUCCUUUGAUCUUGUGCCAUCUUCGAGAUCCAGGCUCAUAGAAAUGCUCGCAUCUAAGGGUACAAUCGAGGGUUUGAGAAGCCUAUACUCCUUCUCUCAUUUGAUCUUGGUCAAUGACGAUCCGGUCUUUGCCCAAUUGAGUCUCAUGUUCACUCAACAAUUGAUGCUUAACGAGUCAUUUUUGCGCAGUCAUGUGGAUUCUCGCUUGUUUAUUGUGAUUCGGGAAAGCGUUUUAUCGCAACCACUCAAAGAAGGAGGAAUUAACAUCGAAAAUGCUCCGCAAUUACACCAGAACUGGACAAACGGUAUUUUGCCAAUUCUUGUCACAUGCUUGGCAAAGGGUCAGUGUGUCAACGAAGUCCUUCUCACUUUGAAAGUGUUUUCUAAGCAAAUCGAGUAUUGUGUUGAUCUGUGGUCUCGGGACUCCUCAUCACUCAAGGUAUCCAGUGCCAACGUUCUUGAAACUGUGCAGAUCAUUUACAUCUAUCAAUUUUUGAGCUCUAUGGCACAAUCUCAACAAUUGAGCGCCCUGUCACCAUCUGAAGUCGACAUGCCCUUCAUUCCUGGAUUAGAUACACCUCAGAAGCGAGAUGACUUUGUGAAUUUCAUAAGCAAUCUUCUUAAGCAUCCAAAAUUUUUUGUCUCAAGAAUUGUCGCUAGUUCUGCCGAAGAAAAGGCGAUGAUGAAGGCAAAUGACAAAGAGUUUUCCGUGUUCGCAAGAAACUUAAUCGAUGAGGUGGCGAACCUCAAAGAGCUCAUUGCAUAG